CUGCUUGGAGAAGCUAAAUGAGGAGAUGGGACGGUCCCAGGGUCUUGGGAUGAAGGGGCUUUGGAGGGGCGAGAUGGAGAGCUAAAUGAGGGAAUUCGGGUCGAGUUUGGUGGGGUCUGUAAGACCCUGGCGGUGGUAAAGGGGACUUUGCAGGCCAGUGACUUGUUGAAGGGUGAGGGGAAGUGAAAGCUAAGAAGCGUGUAGGAGUAGUAAAGGGCUCCAGUAGGUGAGGUGCUGAUGUCUAGGUCACUGAGUCAUUGUGGGGGUCGUGGACACACCAGGGAUUUCCAAAGUGGAACCCUGGUCAUUGACCUUUGAAAAUUGCAGACUAUUAAGAUGUCACAGGUUAGUGUUGGGUGAGCCUGGUGAAAUGGAGAUAUCCUAAGGAAAACAACAGCAGGGUUGGUUAUGUUCAGAAGGAAGGGCCAGAGGCCUGUAAUAUUGUCGCUGGGGGCCUUACCUGAAGGCUCCCAAGCCUGAAGGAGGAGGCCUCAAAUCUGUCCUCCAGGGGCCCUGGUCUCUGCUAGAGAGGAGGGACUUAGAGCCUAAGUUGCAGUCCAGUUGGGGACUGAUAAAGUUAGUGGACAAGGCAUCUCUUGCUGGAGAGCCUCUAGGAUGGGAUGAAAUUGGUGCAAAGUUAGGCUUUGGUUAAGGCAAACAUGGAUAGAUCCCUGGCGGUGACUUUAGUGGGAAAGUGAUUUAGUGGCUGUGUAAAGAGAUUCAUUUGGGUCAGUGAUAUGUGGUGGGUUACUAGCAUUUGAAAUAUACAGGAAUUAAGUGUUCAUUCUUAGACCAGAGAUUUGGACUCUUGUGCACAGAGCACAAAAUGAUGAAUUGGAAGUAGCAGGUAGGAAGGAUGAAUAGUAAAAUAGUUGGGAGGGCAAAAGGAUAUGGGUGGGUAACAGUCAUGUGUGGGUUAAGAACCUUUGACUCUUUGUGGAGAUUCAGCAGUGUGAUCGCCCUGUUAAUUUUGUUUAUUGUCUUGAUACUAGUGAUCUGGGAAAUUUUAGCAAGGAAUUAAUGUUACUGUGAAUAAUGUUUUGGUCACAAGUACAAAUUUAAGAAAGAUAUCCUUACUAACUAUUGAAAAAAGACUCAAGCUAUUGAAGAUAGAGAUGAGUUAAUAAAAGGAGAAGUUAGUUAGACGAUGUAAGGAUGUUUUGAAGGAUGAGGAUUCCACUAACUGGUGGUCUGAAUAAGAAGAGAAAAUUUAAGGCAAAGUUGGGGCAUGGGUAACAUUUCAUAGUUUUAGGACUGAGGAUCUAAUGGUAUUGAACCAUUAUAAUAUUAUUUUGUAAUAACAGUGUUGCAAGUAAGGUGAUAAUAGUUCCACAAGAUAUGGUAGGUAGGUAAGGAGGUCAUUGACUAAAAGAUGAAGGAACAAUUCCACACUGUUCUCUUCUUAGGAGGCAACUUGUAUGUAAUGUGGCUUUUGAGCUCAGGAUCCCUGACCUGGAUUUUUAGAUGACUAGCAUAGGUGAAAAAGUACUUAUGUACAUUGGAAUUUAUUCUGUGGAAUAUUUGCCCCAUCGCCCCCAGGAGUGUCUGCUUUUGUAAAUCAAAAGAAAAUGCUCUCUGGCUUAUAGGGGAUAGAAAAUACAGAGGUUUCACAAGUAUUAUAAUCAACUAAAUAUUUGAUCAUAGUGACUUGGUAUAGUGGUUAGAGUCCUUGAACUUGGAAUCAGGAAACUGACUCUCCCAUUGACUUAUGGGACUUUGAACCAAUCUUUCAUAUUUAUUGUCCAGUUUCCCCGUUUAUGAAGUCGUGGUACCACUGCCCUGACCACUCAUAACCCAUUGCAGCGCUUAACAAAUGAAUGCCUAUCUGCAAAGUGCUUUGAACACUUCUGAGAAUGAGAGAUGAUGUAGCCAAACUUUUUUCUCGCUUUUAAAAGAUUACUCUCUCUCAGGAACAGAACAAAUUCAGCCUUUGUAACAAUUAUGGCAGCAUAGUUGAUCAAGAAACAAAAAGGAGUACCUUAUACAUCUGUCUUGUUCGAUCGUCUGAGUAUUGGUUUUCUACUAAUUUUGAAAGGUGAUACCUUGUCCCCAUUUAGUAGUGAUGACAAUUGUGGAAUGUAAGAAAAGGUCCCCAUGGAAGAGUAGGAAAUUCACAGCACAUGCUGUGAAUGCUCACCUAGGCUGAUGCCCACCCUAAAUUUGAGUGACCUUGGACGUGUUACGUGGCUUCAUGGUGGCUUAAAUUUCUUCCAACUAUGAAGUAAUGUUGGUGGCAUAACUUAACUUGUCUGUCUGCCUUGGUGACUAUGAUGUUAGAAUCUAUAGGAACUUUAUUUGUUCGAGAACAACUUUAUUUGUUCGAGAACAACUUUAUUUGUUCUUAACCUCCUAUGUCCUACAUACCCCUUUGGCCAACUAAUGAAGCGUAGGACCUCUUUCAAGAAUUGUGUUUUUGAAAUGCAUAAAAUAGAACAUAUAGACUUAGAAGUGACAGGGAAACAGCAAAAUGUUAAACAAUUAUGAUACAGUAAUUUAUAUGCUUCUUUCUAACACAUUAAAUAAUAAAGUGUAGCUGCAGAUCUCACCUUACUGUGAUUUUGAAGUAGGGAUGGGUGUAAAUAUUGUGUUGGGAUAUCUGCAACAAGUGUAAUGCCACGGGAAAGUGUCCUGUGGUUCGUCUUGGUGACAGUCACGGGAUUGCUAAUACUACCUACCGCUGGUUGUUCCCUCCCUUCACAAUUGACGGCAGUGCUAACUUUUGCUAGAGGACUGAAUGUGGGGCUAGCUGGUGUCACUCCACUUUGACCUAAAAAUCCCCUUCUGUUUGGGAGGCAGAGAUCAUUCUUGGAAAGUUCUUCUGUGUCCCAAUGUAGAAGAGAGAGCAGAGUGGACAUCUCGAAAGGUGAGGGCACCUUUGAGAACGGGGUUCCGGGACUCCUCCAACUCCUCACCUCCAGAAUGAGCACUGCAGUAUCGUGACCCUUGGGGUUUGGUGUGCCCUGGAGAUGCGAGAUUUUCCUUUGGCAGCAGGAGGCACACCCCCGGAGAAUGCUGGAGCUGCAAGGGGAAAGGACCCACUUCCACAGCGGAGAAAAACAAAGAGGAAAAGGGCGUACGGGGGGCCAGCGCUGAGGGACGCACCCAGCCAGCAGCGGGCCGCCACCGCCCUCAGCAGCUGUGUCUGCUGCCCGAGAGGAACUCGGUGA